UUCAAUAUCCUCUAAUUUUUUGUUUCUCACUUCAGCUUAUUAUAAAUAAAAACAGUGGAAGAUGGUGCGCGGCAUGCGCUAGUGCAACUCACUUUAUAUAUUAUAUUUUUAGCAAGGACUUCUCGAUUCCAUCGGUUAUGUUGAUAUGGUAGCGGUAAUUAAUGUGUAAGAAGGAUAGAAUUGAUGUUGCAUGGGACUGAGAGAAGAGCAAACAUGUCUUACGUCGAGCACGGGCCGCGAAUCUUUUUGGCUACUAAACACAAUUCAGGCACACCUCUGAUGUACGGUGAUUAUGUUUUACCGAAGAAACGUUUGGAAGGCCGGUUGAAGUUACACGAUUCCUGCCAAGACAUCAGAGCCUGGAGCCCGAACUCUUUAGAGAAGUCACGUUACUUCCGUGAACUUAGUGAAAACGAAUCCCCGAUAGGGAAGAUAAUACCGUUCAACGUCGUGAUUGAUAACAUAAUCCAGUUGAAUUCGCAAGCACAGAAUGAACUGCAAACUGUUAAAAAAGAGUUGCAGAAGUACAAAACUCUGGAACUCACUCCUCAGCAAAGGCAGCAAUUAAAGGAUCUCAAUUAUUCACCGAAAGCGAAAGAGUUGAUGAACAGAUCCAACUACACGACAGGACUUAUUAAAGACGCGUUCAAUAAUACUAGAACGUCGAAUUCUAUGGUCCGGUCAAAUUCGUGUUUCUCAAUUCAUAUACCCUGCGAAAGGCAUUUGUACGAUGAAACGAGGCAAAGGCCAGCUGCGAGGAAUCAAUCGAAUCAAUUAUACUCGUACUCUUUAACUGCGUUCGAUGUGGGUUCAUGUUUGAAUAACUACAAUUUGGUAUCCCCAUGCGGGCCUGCUAUGAAAUCGCUUCCUGUUGCUGAGUGUCGCGAGAAGAGGACAUCGUGCGUAGAAUGCAUCGAUGUAGAAGUCCAAGUGGGACGAGAAACACGUGAUGCAGAGACCCAAGUCUGUUACCAGUCUGACAUAAAGAAGAGGAAAAAAAGGAUAACUAUAUCUGUGAUCUCGCAAACGUCUUUCACGUCGAAAUCUAGCGAAGAUAAUAGCGCGAUGUAUCUGGACAAAAGUAGUUUACAAACUAAUAAUCAGGAGGAACAAAGUUCUGAAUGUGAUGCAUCUUGUAGCGACAGCUCCCAAGAUAUUGGAACCCCGUCGGAAUCUGAUAUUGAAAUGGGAGCAGAAUCGGAUUCUGAUCUGCAUAACAACGUGCAUAAAGGGAUUAUCAUUCAGAAGGAUUCUGAGAUCAUCGUUUUGAAAAAUGAGCUCUGUGUGAGAGACGCCGAGCUGGAAGAGUUACGUGAUAUGAAUAAACAUUUAGAAAUGUUGUUAAAAGAAAGAGAAGAUUGUAUACACGGUCAACAAGGAAAUCUCAAAAUACUACACGAGAAAUUGUGCAAAGCGGAUCGCGAACAUGAUCGCGAAGUAGAGGACUUAAAGAAAAAGCUGUGCGGGUAUAAAUAUUUAAUGGAAGAGUUUAAGCAAGAUUUAAACAAGCAGUGUGAAAGCUGUUACUUGCAGUCUCAAGAAAUCGAGAAGCUCCGUUUAUAUGCCAAGGAAACAACGAAACUGCGAUUAGAAAAAGAUUCACUUAUACAAAGAUUGCAAGAAGUGGAUCGACUAGCUGAGAAAGCCGAAGAUUAUAACAAGGCAGUGGAAGAAUUAAGGACGGUCUUAGAAGAAAGGGACGAGCUCCGUAAAGAGAAUUACGAACAGAAUUGUUUAUUAAAAAAUCAGGAAGAGAAAUUGAAUCAACUGGUAAAAGUAGUCAAAGAAAUGUCAGUUGCAUAUAAUGAACAGAUGGAGGAGAAGAAUAUGUACGAGCAGUUGAAACUGGAAGCUCGCGAUAAGGAUGCGAAAAUCUGUGAAUAUGAAGAGCAAUUGGUUUCUAUGAAGCAGGAGAUCAGCGAUUUCUUUAACAAUUUAAAAACUGCUUUGAACAAUUUGGAAGAGAUGAAUGACGUCUGCGAGGACAUUUGUAGUUGCACAACGUGCGACUUGGACAUCGGCGAAGAAGCGAAUAAUAUUCUAUAUAAUAUAAAUAUAAUCAUGACAAGGCUUCAGACUUACAAGACGGAGAGCCAGUAUCUUUUGCAACAGAUCGGAGACUUGAAAUAUUAUGUAGGGACUGACAAAGAAACCGAUCGUAAUCGAAACUUGAAAAGCAUUAUUUGCGAGGAUUUCUAUUUCGAUUCUGAAACGGAGUAUAAUAAGUAUAUUUGCAAAUUAAGCAGAAACGAUAUGGACGAAGUAGAGAGAGAAGUGAUCCAAUACUUCGCACGUUUCUUGAUCAAAUUACGCUCCCUUAUAAGCAAGCUGCAAAUAUAUGUAGAAUUCGAACGUCCAUUAAUGAUUAAGCAGACUUAUUAUUUUUAUGAAAUCCUUAAAGACACCCAAUCAGCCGUCAACGUUUCCGAAGAUGUAACAUUGAGGAGGCAGCUGCUUUCCGAUUUGUACAACCAACAUAAAGAGGAGCACGAGAGAUAUAACUCAUACGUGAAACAACUACCGAACGAUUUGUUGCAAGUACAGGACAAAAUAAACGAAUUUAUUGAAGACAUUUUGUAUCAGUUAUUAAACGAAAUGUUGCACGCGGAGAAGGAACAUUUGUAUGAUGAGAAAAUAAAUCAAGCAUUCGAGACACAUUUCAGAUCCUGCAUCAACAGGAUAGAUGCAGCACUUCAAGGUGCCGGAGAUCAACGUAUAAUGAUAGUUGAAACCAUAGAGGAACAACAGAAGGAAUUAAAGAAGAAAGAUGUAGAGAUAGCUCGAUUGAAAGAAGAAAUGGCAGAACGGUUGGAACGAAGAGGAGAAGGCGAUUGUUUACAGGCAGACACAGUUGACGUCACUGCCAUAAUUAAAGAACAUUUAUCGAGAUUAACCGCGGAGCUCGACGAGAAAGAUGCGCUCGUAUCAGAAUUAGAGGACCAGCUUGAAAUAUUCAGAAAUCGAUUGUCCGCGCGUAACAAGGACUGCAGCGUCUUGAAGAAGGAGAAUAAAAAUCUGGAGAAUGCUAAAAAUCGGUUAUCGCGGAGGGCGAAGGAGUGCCAGCAAGUCAAGAGGCAAUUAACGGCGAAGAAUCAACAAAUUAAGAAUCUAACGCAACAGAUUCAAGAACUUCUUGAAACUAAGGAUCUGACGGCUACUUUGGAACAUAAGAUCACAGAAAUGGAGAAAGAGUUGACGGAUUUACAGCUGGAAAACGUGAGGCUCGGUAAAACUGUUAAGCAAACCAGUAUCGCUAUUUCAACAAAGGACAAAAUUAUAACUAGCUUGAAAACAAGUAUCGAUAAAACCGACAGUAUUCUAUCGGAGAAGAUCAUCGAGUACGAAAACGUGGUGGAGGAGAAACGUCGUCAUAUCGUCACGUUAGAAGAAGAGAACAAAUUGUUGAACGAAAAAGUGAAAAACGUUGAAAAACAACUUGUAUUGAUGAACCAGACGAUCGUGUCUUUGACCGAGCAGAAGGAUAAAAUACACGUUAUAUACACGUUGCAAGAGGAUCUCGCGAAGUUGGAUAAGGACGAGAGGAGACUGAAAGUUGAACUGAAUAAUUUAAAAGCGCAGCUUGUAAACGAUCAGAAUAAAAAUAGGAAACUUGACAAUAGCUUGGAGACGUGUCAACGCGAGAAUGAACUUUUGAAAAAGAAUAUAGAAUAUUGGAAGAGCGAGAACUCCGAGCUGUCGACUAUGCUGCGUAACGAGGCAGCGGAGGAAAAACUGAAAAACAAAUUAUACACUAUAUCUAAUAAUAUAUGUGAGAAACUGAUAAACCUGAAAAAGCAGUCUGUUUUACAAAAAGAUUCGCCGGGCAGUAAAUUCAUUAAAAGAUUACAGGCCAAAUACAUAACGUCUCGAGAGAAGGAAAUAGAAUUAGCAACGGAUAAUGUAGUUAAAGAUUUGAAAGAGGAAUCUCGUGAUCCAGAACGGGAUAUAAAAGAGAAUGAAGUAGAAGAGAUCGAAACGCAACUGUUACAUAGUAAGGGAGACACGUUGAAGAGUAAUUACGCGUCGUUUAAACAGUUCAGGCAAGCGGAGACCGAACACAGCGAGAAUAAGAAUGAGAUUGAGAAGUUAUUGAGCCACAUCGAGAAUCGAGAUUGUGAGAUAAAACAUCAUAAGGAAAUUAUAAAACAUUUAACGCAAGAGAACGCAAAACUUCGCACCGUUCUUAAAUCUCAAAUAGAAGAGUAUCAAGAUAAGCUAACGUUAAUGAAGAAGAACUAUGACAGCAGUCUAAAUGCGCUAUGCGAAAGGCACAAGGCGAACAUCGAAAUUUUGCAGAAGCAAUUUGAAGAUAAUAUGAAAAGCGAACAGAUUUUUGAAUCAGAAAAUUGGUUGCUAUCGUUGAAUUUGAAAGAACUGAUGGAAUUGCACGAGAGGAUAAGCAUAAUCAUAAGUCGCGACUCGAAUGUGAUUCACAUGCAAAAUGAGAAUCAAUGUUUAUAUGAUAACGCCGGUCGGCAGCAAUUUUAUUCGCCGGUACAAGAAACAGAGGCGAAGUUUCAAUUUAUACCGACGAACAUCUACGAGAAAGAGCCGCUGCAGAGUAAAAUAGUGCCGCAGGUUUUAAAGGAAGAGAACUUGCAUCUACAAAAUCAAUGGAUCACUUUGGGUGAUACUCAAAAGUAUCCAACGUUACAAACGCAGAGUUAUAAACCAAGCCUGGAACACAAUUUUGGGUACUUCAAUAGUGAGGGGAAAUCCUCCGAAUCGGAAAAUAAAUACGAAAAGGAGAAGCAUAUGGAAAAAGACAGUUCGUUCGAUCGACAUUGGUGGAAUUUUAUUAAUCAAUGCAGUGCGUACCAUAAAUUGAGUAAUGUUGAUGAAUACACCAGGCCUUUUCCUACGGAUUAAUUGAACUACCUUUAUUGAAAUCAAGGUUCACAACGUUUAAAAAAUCGCCUGUUCUUUCGUACGAAUAAACUUUACAAAGCUGCGAUAUAUUUUUAUACGACGUUUAUUCUGAACUUCGAAUAUUGUGAAACUUUUGAUAAUAUAAUCUGUCGCGGAACGAAUUAUAUACAAUUAAUAAUGUACGCUUUAAAGCAUUUGUUUUUAAAUGAAACAUAAUUAUAAUAAAAUUGUAUAAA